AUCCAACACACAUCGGAUGCGUUAAUGGUUGGCAACCUACCUCCUCACAUACUCUCAUUCUUGGAGGACGGGCUCGUUUCGAUUCUACUUCUUUGGAGAUUCUACGCUUCCGGAUACUUAUGCUUAUUCAAUAAAUUCUAGGCAAACUGAGCCUGCUCCUAUUAGUUCGAAUUUGCAUCGCAUUAGCACCCGUCGCCAACCAUUCCCUCUUCUCUUAUGGUACGCCCGCCUCGCGCCUAUUGACAACACUUUGAAAGAAAAGACUGGAUAUCCGCUUCCACCAUGCAGCAUCACACGCCCAGCUCCUCUCGGCCGCUUGCUGCGCGCCUCCCCGGCCAGCUCCAUACGCCAACCCACUCCUUAAGCGAAGCGGGUGCCCCGACACCGGACUCCGGCGCUGGAGGCAGGCUUGUUCCCUGGACCGAGAAGAAGGCCAAGGACGACUUCGACAUUGCGCGUGCCCGCCUUAGUGAUCAGAAGUUCAGCAUCAAGGACUACGAAGACCCUCUUCUACCUCGGAAGCACCCGCAAUCUCACUACUAUCCCAAGGGCGUAACCACCGAGACAGAGGCCCGUUUACAAAAUCUCAUCGCUCUGGCUAAGACCUCUAUUCGCUCUUCGUAAGCUCCGAAGGUUUAUGUCGAUUUAGGAUACUUAAAUAUGUACGGCAUCUAGGAUUAACCCAACCCAUCCAGCCCUUGGUUUGAAACGAACCUCGAAAGUGGACGAAUUACUAAUAGCUUAGAAUCGAACGCCUAGCUUUUGUACCUAGCCGAAGUAGUUUCGUUCGCAGUGCCUUGUAUUGUGUUGGGGAUAUAACAAUGGCUCCCUUCAGGGAUCAAAGCCGCCGUACACUAACCAGGUUGUAAGAAGGGGUGGCAUCAUCCCCAUAUCGAGAUAGAGCAACUCACAAAACUGUAUAAGCCACAGUUAAUGAUAAUGGAUUCAAAACGCUGGGGGAAAACUAAGCUCCAGAUCCAGUCGCAUGAAUCUUGCUCCAAUUUUAAUUAUAUGAGAUUACGCCCUCAUAUAUAUACUACAAGACGC